AUUUAGUCAGGGCUACACCCAAGCCCUUGUCUAGCCGCUGUGGCUUCCUCUGGAUGGUGAGAGCAGAAGAAAGCUGGGGAACUUGAUGUAGCUACUUAGCAACUGACAACGACAGCUGUUCUACCGCUUCCUCGACGAAACUUUCUUUAACCCAGCUUCCUUUAUCUCUUACGACUAAUUUCAGAAAAUGUCUUGGCAAGGCUACGUGGAUUCAAUAAUGGCCGAUGGCGGUAAUUGCAAGGACGCGGCCGUUGUUGGGUAUACGGAGAACAAAUAUGUCUGGGCAUCAGUCAGCGGUGGCGAGUUAUCCAAAAUCACGGCUGACCAAAUUGACUCAUUGGUGUCUCAGGAUCGUUCAAGUUUUUUUAUCACUGGGCUGGGCUUGGGCUCUUACCAAUGCUCCGUACUCAGAGAUGCAUUGUGUGUCGACGGUGACGGGACAAUGGACCUCCGGACAAAGAAUAAAGACGGCGGUUGCACAUACAGCGUGGCCGUAGCUAAAUCGAGCAAAGCAUUGGUUUUUGCCAUGGGAAAGGAAGGCGUUGCCGGAGGUACCCUUAACGUAAUAGUUUACAAAAUUGCCGAUUACCUGAGGAAACAAGGAUACUAAGGUGUUCCGUGCCAGCCCACCUGCCCACCUAGCUGUCUGCCUACCACCCUAUUGCAUUUCACACUUUCUGUUCUAGUUGCCAUUUAUAUUCCUGCGCUCCUCAUUCCUCCCCAAAACAUCUUUGCCCUUGAAGUUGAUCCAUCGCCAAGAUAAGCGGAUGACAAAGGACGCCGCUUAAGACCAACAAAAAUGAAAGCCAAACACUUCAUCGCCGAGGAGUCCCUGCAAUAUGAGAGCGGCCAACCCCCCCCCCCCCUUUUUUUUUGUUGUUGUUGUUGUUGUUAAUUGGAGCGCUUAAGCAGUACCUCAUCACGUCUUCCCAACAACUUCCUUGAAGAGACCGCGUGUUCAUCUGUCCAAUGUCCUAGCCUUCAACCCUCGCCCCCUUCAGGAAAAGCCCUUCCUUUCAACAGAACACUUGACUUUCCACCUCUUGGCUCUAUAUGGUCAUAUAUGUCAAGGUGUAAUAAUUUGGCGCAGUUAACAAUGGCGAAGCAGUCUUACUGUUGCUGAACACGAAACAAAAAUCAAUGGACAUUCCACAGUUACCAGCUCAGGCACAAGUUAUUUUUUAUAAGUAAAUGCCAACUCCUGUCAUUUUGUAUCACUGAAGGCUGUCAUUUUGUUGGACAAUGGAUAUCUUGACUUCCUAACCAUUUAGUGUUUUGUUUUCCUCUCUAACCUCCCCCAAGUUAGGACCAAGUGUAGUAAAAGCUCAGGUGCUGAUAUCAAUGUGUUAAAUGCAAACGGCAAGCAGGUUAGGUUAUUGGGUGGUGAGCUUAGAUCGAAUUUCAUUUUCUUUAGUUUUUUUUUUUUUUUUUUUUUCCUUCCUGUUCAGAAGCUAAACUGAAUUUGAAAAUAAAACCAUUUUGCUGUGUUGACAACUUACUGUGGAACUAAUUGCCUUGGCUCGUCCAGUGAGCUCAGUACCUACAACUGUAACGUCCAUUUGAUAAAGUAGUGACACUGUUUGAGAGACUGUUUUGGUUGGAAUCAACAUGAACUGUUUUAUUGGAACCUGUGUAUCCUGUGCCAUAAAUGUUCAAGGGCUGUUGCUCUUAAGAUAGUUUGCCCAAAUUCACAACUCGUUCUUUGGCUUCUUGUUUAGCUUCAAUUCCACUUUUCAGGUGUUUUAGUACUUAAAUCUAUUUCUGAGUACCCCUUGCCAACUUUUGUUCUCACUGUUUCUUGUAUCUGGGAUAGUCUGUCAAUGCAUUGAAUUUCAUAUGCAUACAACCAAGAAUGCCAUAUAUUGAUUUAUCACCUUGUUUACAGACAGAUCAAAAUAAAUUUUAUUCCAACCAGGGAAGUUUCUUGUCAUGCUAUCCUUAAUGUUCACACCUCAAAUGUGUUUUCACAGCUUUUUGAAUGGGAUUGUCUGAGAAUGUGGGUGCCCAAAAAAAAAAAAAAGGGUCGUUUCCAAAUAGUGUUUUAUUUCUGUAACAAUGGACUGUAAAGGACAAAGGCAAACAGAAUUGUCAAAACAAAGUAAAAGUAUGAACAAAUAUUGAAGGAAAGCUUACAUUGUCAAGAAUUUGGCUGUGUAGUGAGGGUGGCCAUUAGAAGACAAAUGACAUACAGUAUUUUGUCUUAGUUUGCCCAUAACUUUAAAGAAAUGACAUGGCACUAUUUUCUUCAUCGUAUGUUGACAAAUGGAAAGGGUUUGGCCUGUGCUGAAAACUUUCCUAUAGUUUGGGCUGUUCUAUUGUAGUGCUAGAAGAAAUAAAGAUGUAAUUUUUUUAUUAGUAGUAGAAAUUUAAAGAUCUGAAUUUGUCUGGUGAAGCGAUCAAUACCAGCCCUCCCCAGGUAAAACAAAAAAACUGGGCGUUAUCAGUCUAUCCAAGUAAAUGUUUUUACACUUGAUGGAAAAUGGUCGUGAGGUUGGAUUAAACUUUAUAGGGUGACUAUUU